AUCGCUUGCUGAAGUGUUAUUCCUAGGCGAGGUGUGACGCGGCGCAGCUCAUCCCCUUCCUAGGAGAGGGUUCAGAGCGCGAGCACACGGCGGGAGCGAGCUUUCACAUUUUAUACUUCACGGUUCAGCCUUCACGCUGUCCUCAAGCCAAAGGGAAGAGUGCCAACUAUGCACCGUGGCUGCCUUGGGGCCGGAGCUGCCUCCGGACACCCAGUCAGCUGCGCUCGUUUGCAACAAGUCCUCGGCAGCUUGCACUUUCAAAGGGCAUCAAACUUGGUACUCCGAAAUUGCGGGAGAGCACAGCCGCUAGAAUCAUGCUACGUCCAGCCACAUGUGCCUCGGCUUCAUAAACCAGGACACGAGCGGACAGCGGUUGGUGUCUGCGCAUCAAUGCAGCGCGCUACCGCAAAUUCUGCAUCAACUGUGACGUCUAGCCUAGCGCAGUUUAAUAUGCUCACGGAGUGCGGGUCGCCCCCCUCAGCUGCCGAUGUGCAAGAGGUGCUCCCGCAUUUGACGCCCAAGCAGCUCGCGGACGCUGUUUGGUCAUUUGCAAAGCACGAUGUGAAGCCAACGCCUGACCUGAUGGAUGCAGUCGCGCAGGAAAUACAUAGCAAGCUUGGGCAAUUCAGGGCUCAAGACCUAAGCAAUACGUUGUGGGCGUUCGCGAUGUUGAAGUAUAAACCGACUGAACAGUGGUGGCAGGAUUUCGAGCGGCAGGUGUUUGGUGCGCUGACGGACCUUACGGACCGGGAACUUGCCAAUCUGUUGUGGGCCUUCGCGGUGCUGGAGCGCCGCCCCGGGCAGCAGUCGCAGCUGCACCAGCAGCCACCACAGCAGCAACAGCAGCAGGCUCACCUGCGGGGCUGGGUGCUUGACCCCCUGCUGGCGCAUAGCUGUGCAGGCGGCUUUGCGGGCUACUCUGCCACCAGUUUGCAUCUGCUAGUCUGGUCGCUGGGCAAGUUGCAUUACACGCCGCCAGCUGCUUGGCUGGAGUCUUUCCUGCCGGCAGCGGAGGCGCACUUUUUCCGCUUUACACCCACCGAGUUGGCCAAUAUUAUCUGGGCGCUGGCCAAGCUGGGCGCCCGGUUGCCGUCUGAAUGGCUUGACAAGUUGUUGCUGGUGGCUCAGUGGCGCUUCCCGUCGUUUCCAGCUCGCUUGCUAAGCAUUGUGGCAUGGAGCACUGCUACCCUCAACCAUCGGCCGCAGCAAGAGUGGCUCAUGUGUUUCGAGGAGCAGGUCCGUGCCAAGUUCCUGGACUUCAGCGGACAUGAGCUAGCAUGCGUGGCUUGGUCGCUACGGCGAUUUGGCUACUCGACCCGUGACAACGCUGUGUUCUACAUGCUGCAGAAGCAACAGCACUUCUUGGCAGCGGACUUUGAGAUUCUGUCGAAUCCGAAGCUGCUACGUCAAGUGCUGGGUUGGAAGGCCUCGCUGGCAAGCCGUUGCCUGUUUGCUGCCGCAUGGCACAGACGGCCACACAGCGCUGCCGGCGACGGGAGAUUGCGCUUCGUCGCCCUCUAUUUCCUCGGGGAUCUGGUCUCUAGGUUUGGUAACAAUGAUCUUGGGCUGAAGUGUGGUGCUUGUACCGUUGCGGGCAGCGAUGCCCCUUGCAGGGCAACCUCAAUCAAGGUUGAGAUGUUGGUGCAAUCAGGGUGGAAGCCUACGUGGUGACGGUGCGUUGGCUCCGGCAGUGCCGAAGUUGAAUUUUAUCGUGAAUAUGGCGUUGGAAGAGGGCAUGGGCGUUCUGUUGGGAACGACAGAGUAAAGAGCAGCAUUGGAGAGAUGCUACUACUAUUGUCUGUCGCGGUUUGCCUUGUACAGCUUGGAAGGUGUUGGCUGUGUUGAGUUUUUGCGAGGACCGGGUUGUGAGGCUUGGUAGGGUCCUCACCAACCUGUGUCGUGGUCGCCGUACUACAGACGGUGUACGUGAGCUUGUUUCGUUUGUGCGGUGCGACCCCGAGUCACGUCAGGGCGCGAGGGAGGGGCUGGGAGCGGUUGGUACAACCGCACUGCGGCCGC